CUAAUUUUCACAUAAAUAACCCAUUGGUCUUCGUUUUCUCCAGCUUACGAAUACACUAAUCUCUCCGGCGAAGAUUGGAAACUCUUUCCCCGCGACGUAUCUAAGAUCCGUCCAGCUAGUUUGAUCUCUCGAGGAAUCAUGGCGCCGGUAUCGGCACUCGCCAAGUAUAAGCUGGUGUUUCUGGGAGAUCAAUCCGUGGGGAAGACGAGUAUCAUCACUCGAUUCAUGUACGACAAAUUCGACAACACUUACCAGGCUACAAUUGGUAUUGAUUUUUUGUCAAAGACAAUGUACCUCGAAGAUCGGACUGUUAGACUGCAGUUGUGGGAUACAGCAGGGCAAGAGAGAUUCAGGAGUCUUAUUCCGAGCUAUAUUAGGGAUUCUUCUGUUGCUGUUAUUGUCUAUGAUGUUGCCAGCAGGCAAUCUUUCCUAAACACUACUAAGUGGAUCGAUGAGGUUAGGACAGAGCGUGGUAGUGAUGUCAUUGUCGUUCUUGUGGGAAAUAAAACCGACCUUGUGGACAAAAGGCAAGUGUCAAUAGAGGAAGCAGAAGCCAAGGCUCGUGAGCUUAAUGUAAUGUUUAUCGAAACCAGUGCCAAAGCAGGCUUCAACAUAAAGGCGCUUUUCCGCAAGAUCGCAGCAGCUUUGCCAGGAAUGGAAACACUGUCUUCGACAAAGCAAGAGGAUAUGGUUGAUGUCAAUCUCAAGUCUUCCAACGCCAAUGCAUCUUUGGCUCAGCAGCAAUCAGGAGGAUGUUCUUGUUAAAAUUUCCAACAAUCACCGCAAAUUGAUAGAGAACAAGAAAAAAAAUACACAGAUAUAAAAGUCCUCGAGCCUUUUUUUUUUUUUUUUUUCUAUCAGAUUGUUUUAGUUUAUGGUUUGUCCCUAGCUCUGAACUGUUAUGGUCUUUGGAUUUUCAAAUGCUCUCUGCUUCAGUACUUUUUGUUAGUUUUUAACAACUUUUCCCAAAACUGUGAUUUGUCUAUGUAUUGGAUUAUAUAAUUGUAAGUUAUAUAAACUAGAAACACUCUUCUUGUUU